AGAAAACCGGCAAUGAUGGCAAGAAUUACGAGUUCUUGCGCACGUUGCGCGACCUCCGGAGCCGCGAUGGUGGAUUGGGUCCCUACGCAGUACGUCGAGGAUACCAAGCAAGGACUGCGAGUGCAGGUGACAUGAACCCUGAAAAUCACAACACCACCGAUUUGGCGACGACGCUCGCACAGGAUGGCGGAAAUAACGUAAAUACUAAGCCGGGCAAAAAGAACUACAAGAUCUCAAAAAUGUUCUCGCGGCUCUGGAAAAGUAGUCUAUUCGGACGCAGUCGUGGCGGCAGGGCGGAUAAGGAUGUGGUCGCAAAGGUGGGCUCUACUACUUCUGCAGCUCUCGCAACAGAAACAAGCUGUGCGCGAGGCACUGUAGACGCUAGCUGUAGUGAAAACGCGGGGAGGAGAAGGCAAGUAUUAGCAGGUCCGUGUCCACCACCUUGGGGCCAGGAUGCCACAGCAGCUCGAGGACUUUUCGCUAAAGAAGACGAUGCCCCGCCCUCUGAAUCACUUCCAGGGGGACGUAGAACUUUUACAACCCGACGAGGAGACCAGACAAUGGAUUGUUCCGAUUCUUCAUCUUCCGAAGUGGUUGAUGAUGAUGAAUUCGAGAUGCUACAAGGAGUGAGCAAGAUUAUCACCUUCGCGGAUUUGAUUCUCGUCCGGCCGGCUUCGUACUCUUCACAAGUUGUCGGUGGAGCUGGUGGGAAAACA